AUCGCCUGUGCAAAGAUGGAGUACCAGGGACAGCAGGGUCAGGCGACCAACCGCGUCGACGAGUACGGCAACCCGGUCGCCGGACACGGUGGCGUCAUUGGAGGGCACGGCGGAGGCGCCGGCGCCGGCGGGCAUUUCCAGCCCAUGAGGGACGAGCACAAGACCGGCGGGAUCCUGCACCGCUCCGGCAGCUCCAGCUCCAGCUCGUCUGAGGAUGAUGGCAUGGGCGGGAGGAGGAAGAAGGGCAUCAAAGAAAAGAUCAAGGAGAAGCUGCCCGGUGGUGACCACCGUGACCAGCAGCAGACCACAGCGGCCGGUGGGACAUACGGACAGCAAGGGCACACUGGGAUGGCUGGCACCGGGGCCACGGGCGGCACCUACGGGCAGCAGGGACACACCGGAAUGACAGGCACGGGAACGCACGGCACCGGCGAGAAGAAGGGCGUUAUGGACAAGAUCAAGGAGAAGCUGCCUGGCCAGCACUGA